AUGGAACUGCCCUGGGGGGCCAGACUAGGCAUCAAAAAGGCUCUGCAGAGUGCACAGGCCACACAGCCUCCUGCCUCUGCACUGGCCGACAGCCACACAGUGCUCGCUUGCCCUUCUGCUUGCCCGGCCGGGUAAGUAAACAGCACCCUGCUUCAAGAGGCCCUGUUCUCCAUCGUGAUUGCGCCAACACUGCUCUGUGGCUGUCUCUACUUGGCGUGGGUUGCUGCUGAACUUCCAGAGGUGAGCAGAGCCAUGGCUGCAAGCAGAGCCAGGAGCCAAGAGGGCCGCCGGGAACAUGUCUUUGUCCCAGAGUCUUUCAAUGGGGCCAACAGAGACCCCAGCAUUUGGCUGCACCGCUUUGAGGUCAUUGACAACCUGAACAAGUGGGACAAUGCUACCAAGCUCAGGUUCCUCAAAGAGUCGCUCCAAGGAGAUGCCCUGGAAGUCUACAACAAACUUAGUGUCCAGGACCAGAGAGACUAUGGGAAAGUGAAGGAGGCCCUCCUGAAGGCUUUUGGAGGGCCUGGGGCUGCACGCAGCCAGCCCAAAGAGAUCUUGUUUGCCAACAGCAUGGGUAAGGGCUACUACCUCAAAGGGAAGAUUGGCAAAGUGCCUGUGAGGUUCCUGGUGGACUCUGGGGCCCAGGUCUCUGUGGUCCACCCGAGCUUGUGGGAGGAGGUCACUGAUGGUGACCUGGAUACCCUCCGGCCCUUUGAGAAUGUGGUGAAGGUGGCCAACGGAGCUGAAAUGAAGAUCCUGGGUGUCUGGGAUACAGUGGUGUCCCUGGGCAAGCUGAAGCUGAAGGCCCAGUUCCUGGUGGCCAACGCGAGUGCCGAAGAAGCCAUCAUCGGCACCGACGUGCUGCAGGACCACAACGCCGUCCUGGACUUCGAGCACCGCACGUGCACCCUGAAAGGAAAGAAGUUCCGCCUCCUGCCCGUCGGGGGAUCCCUGGAAGAUGAGUUCGACCUAGAGCUCAUCGAGGAGGAGCCCACACAGGAGGGGCAGCAGCUGUCCUGUUAAUAAGCCCCCUUUUCCUUGCCCCCCAAAUGGUUGGGAGACCUACAAAUGUGGGGGGCACAUAGUCUCAGGGAAGUUGCUGGGUUUGGGCCAACUGUAAAUCCAAUACUCUUUUGCCACUUGCUUCCCUCCUCAGGGGCCACGGUCCACCCCUGGUGGGGGAGGCAUGGUGGGAACCUGCACAGGGAGAGAGAGCAGGCUGGCAUGCUUAGAGAGGGGUUUCUGUGGUCAUCAAGCCACUGUUGGUGGCACCGACUUGAAGGCUGGAAGAAGCUUCCAAGAAGGUUUGGAAUGUCUGUCUGUGAGAGAGGACUGUGGGACCCUUGCUGAUCCCUUGAGGUGGUGUAGCUGGCUGUGUGACCUCCAGGUCCAGCUGGGCUGGGUCCUGGUUGCAGCCCUUCGAGCCAGGUCCUGCUCUCCUGCUGGAGUGGCAGCUGCUCUGAGAUGCCCCCGGCUGGUCUUCCCACUUGCGUAAUGAUAUUUCCUUCUGUCAUUUGCUUUGAAAACCAGCUUUAUGCCAAUAAUUCAAUUACUUUAAAACCAAUAAAUA